AUUGGAAAAAAAACUGUAACAACGAAGUAGACGGUAGGGUAGUCACCAGCAGCAAACAAACCAGAGGAGGGACAGAGACAGCGAACCAGAGAGCUAUGUGGCAAGGUUGAAGAAGACGGAGAUCAUAAAACGCCUACUGUCUUGAACAGUGUUUUAAACGUACAACGAUCCAACUGGAUCCACUGGACAUCUGAACCCCGAUCCGAACAACGAGCUGGCCCUGUUAAGGCUGCUCGGGCAGAUCUCAAGCCGAACCAGAGCUGUUCGGAUCCGAUCAGAAUCGAGAGAACACAGCAACACGGAUACAAGGUAAAAAGGCCAAACUCCAAAGGAGUGGAACAAGCUUGGCUGCCAAUCCUCUACAUCAUCCCUCCCAAUCGACAUCUUCUGCAGCACUAACCAUCAUUCGUGUGGGAGGAAGGAAGCCCGGAGCCACAUAGCUGAGGAGCUAGAGAGAAAGAGGGCGAGCGAGCAGCCCCAACUGAAGUAAAGACGGGAGCAAGAGAGAGAGGAAGAUACCAUCUGUUUGCGGGGGAAUUCUGAGUGGAAUGCUCCAGUCAUAAUGUCACUGCCAUGUCACACCUUACGCCCAGCUCGCAUCGGAGGGGGUGCUCGGCUAUCGGCCAAUCCCAGAGGGAUCCUAAGUAGAGCCACUUCCUGUUCCUGUUUAGAAGAAUUUCCUUUCAAGAACCUCCCACUCCUCUGACUCUGUUUUAAGGCCCUCCCCUGUGUUUUCCCCGGUGCUGCAACCUCCACCUGGAGUCCAAUCCACUUGGCAUCCCACCGCAGUUGCCAUGGAGACAUGCAGAUGGGCUUGGUAAAUCCUGCAGGCUACAGCUUCCAGAUGUUGUGGCAGAUGUGGACAGGGCGGGCAGGCAGCGUUGGAUCAGGACGGACACAGAGUCGGAGCGGCCAGGCUCAGCUUCCUAUCGACACACUCUCUGGUGACCUCACAGCGGUGACAUCACAGCAGGGACUCUAGAACUCUCUUCAGCGCGACUCCACCGGCGCUCCUUGGCCACCCAGCCCCGUUGGAUACUCUCGUAGACAGACAGCAUGCGGCACAUCCACGUGGAGGCCGCCCCAAAGGAGUCCCCGCUGGAGCUGCCCGCCCAGGAGGGGGACCUGCCCCCGUCCGCCGCCCCGGCCCAGGGCCUGGACCCGGGCGUGAGGCCGGGGGCCCCCCGGGCCUACGGACAGGAGGAGCUGCGGCUCCAGAAGGUCUACCAGCUUUCCAUCUUCUCCCACCUGGGGGGUUUCUCCGCCUCGGCAGACCCCCCCGGCGAGGAUCCCCAGAAGGCGGCCCCGCGCGCGGCCCUGAAGAGGGGCCUGGAGGAGCCCCAGCUGGCCCCCAAGCGGCCCCACCUCCAGGACUCCACCCACGGGGAGGAGCUGGAGGAGGGCGCCGUGCUGUGCGGCCCGGGCCCGGGGCUGACGGGGGGCCCGGGCCCCGGGGGGGCGGCCUAUUCCUGCACACUGAUGGAGGCCAGAGACUCUGAGGGGGGGCUGUCGCCCCGGUCCCCGCCUCUGUCCCCCAGCCAGACGCCCUCCCGCCGGCCCGCCCAGCACAACCACAACCGGCCCAUCCCCGACGUGUUCGCCCCGCUCUCCCCCAAGUCUCCCCCCAUGUGCUGUGAGCCCCUGGGGCCGACGGGUUCCCAGGGCCCCGCUCCGAGGGCCGAGGGCCCCGGCGGGGGGCGGGGGUCCGGCCACUCCCCGGGCAGCCCCGGAGGAGAGAGCUGUGGAAACGGCUGCUCCUCCCCGGGGGGCCAGCCGGGCCCCCAGCCCUCCGACGCGGCCUGCUACGAGACCCCCUCCCACCCGGCCAGCCCCACCAGCCCCCCCGGCCCCUUCUCCCCCCCGCACCACUCGGAGCCCCUGGAGCCCGGCGAGGCCACGGAGUGGGAGGCGGGGCUGGAGUCCUCGCCGCCGGAGCGCAGCGCCACCCAGGCCGCCGCCCCCUCGGGCCUGACCCGGACCCCCAGCCCCAACGGGCUCCGCCUCAGCGCCUCAGGGGCCCACUGCCCGGCCAAGAAGCGGCUGCUGUCGCCCAGCGACACGGGGGAGUCGUGCUCGGAAGACGAGGGCCCCUCCACCUCCAAGAGGAGCCGCCUGGCCCUGCUGGCCCCCGGCCUCGGCCCGGCCUCCUGCCGCAGCACCGACGCCAAGGCCGCCCCCUACUGGAACCACCUGCUGCCCUCCGCCAAGAAUGCAACAGAAUGCACAAGAUCAGGGCGACGACUGAAGAGUGGGCUGCGACUGAAGAGCCGGCAGCUCCGCAGCGGACGGCGUGCGGACAGCGGGCGCACGGCGAGGCCCUCCUCCUCUGUCAGUCGAGCCCUGCUGGGGAACUUUGAGGAGUCCAUACUGAAGGGGCGCUUCUCCCCGUCGGGGCAGAUUGAGGGCUUCACGGCGGAGAUCGGCGCCAGCGGCUCCUACUGCCCGCAGCACGCCACCCUUCCUGUCCAGGUCACCUACUACGACAUCUCGGAACACAGCGCCCCCUCCCCCUUCCUGGGUGUGGUUUCCCUCGAACCGCUUGGGAAGAAAGGAUACAGCGUACCCAAAUCAGGGACCAUUCAAGUGACCUUAUUUAAUCCCAACAAAACUGUGGUGAAGAUGUUCCUGGUGACCUACAACUUUGAGGACAUGCCUGUCAAUCACAUGACCUUCCUCCGCCAUCGUAACUUCCUGGUGCCUGUGGAGGAGGUGCCUGAGGGCCAAGGGGAGGGGCCAGCAGGGGGUAGAGUCCCGGAGCGGAAGAGGAUCCUCUGCUACCUGAUACACCUCAGAUUCCAGAGUUCAAAGUCUGGAAAGAUCUACUUGCACAAUGACAUGCGGCUGCUAUUCUCCCGUAAGUCCAUCGAGAUGGACACGGGGAUUCCUUACGAGCUCAAAUCCUUCACCGAGGUGCCAAGAAACCCCAAAUAUUCCCCCCGUGUGUGACCGCUCGCCCACGACGCUCCUUAUGCCCCUGUCACCCCCGACGCCCCCGUCCUCCCACCCGACAUCAAACACCAAACACAGCCCUUCUCUGGUCAGACACGGACAGACAGACGGAUGGUCGGACGGACUGAUCUAAUGAACAACUGAACGACCAACCUGAGAGAUGCAGAAACAGAUUCACUUUAAAUGACCAGUACACACGUUCCACAUUCACGCACUCAUGCACGCACACACACGCAAACACGCACACACAUCACUCAACAUGAAAAACACAGUCGCACACACACUCCUCCUGCGAGAAGCCUCCUUCUUGUUUUGGGGGCGGAGCCACUGCGCUCCAAGCAGUGUGGUAAAGGAAGGGGGAGGAGCCUCAGCGGUUGUGGUGCGGGGCCACACGGGUCAGGCUGGAGGGCGGUCUGAGGACGAUGAGUGGACCUGGAGCCCGCAGACACGCCCGUGUCAACAUGCAUGCCUUGUGACUUUAAAAACAACGACAACUGUAUUUUCCUCCAGUGCCCGAAUCACGUUUUCCUUCACUCUGCCUGCAAGUGACCCCCCCACCCCCUCCUCCACGUCACCGCCUCAAACGGCGUUCCCGUUGUUGUGUGUAACUGUAUGUGCGCAUGCGACCAAAGCGCGCGCACACACACACACACACACACACACACACACACACACACACACACACACACACACACACACACACACACACCCCUUCGUGGUGAGGAAGUUGGCUGAGACGCAGGGUUGGCGAUGGGCCCCUCAAGCACAUCGGGGGGGCCCGUUUCAUCGCUCAGCCUCACUUUAUUCCUCCUUCCACCAGGUGUACAACAAUGAUCCGUAACGACAAACUAGUCUGCCCCUCAUUCUCCCUAUCCCAGCAAGCCCCGCUCUCCCCCCCCCCCCACCACGUAGCAUUCUCCACAGUGGUACGGACGGCAGAACAGAACACCAAGUCGGAAAGGGUCAUACCAUGUCAUGAACUGCAGGGGGGGGGGGGGUCAGGUUAGGUUUAAUGUAGCCAGACUGAGGGACACUGUGUUUUUUUUUCUUCAUUCUUUUUUUUCUUACAGUACGGUGAUAACAGUUGGAUUUA